AUGUAUCGCACUGUGCUACUUGCUUCAGUCGCUACUUUGGCUGCGGCCCAAAGCGCUGUCACGGUCGAUGCUGUGAGCCAAAUCGGCGAUGGCCAAAUUCAAGCUCCUACUGGCCCGAUACAAGAGUCUUCAGAUGCAGUACCCACAGUCUCAACACCCGCCAGCAUCGCGACAGACACAGCUCCUUAUAGCAAUCCAUUCACCGUCUACACGAGCCAAACGAACGAAUGGGGUGUCAUCACAGGAAUGCCAACAGUAGUCACGUCCCAACCUGCGGUCGUCACUUCGCAGCCAUCAGUUGAGACCUCUCAACCAGUCAGCCCAAUUCACAGCUAUGCCAAUUCGACGACCCUUCAAACCAGCACUACUGCCUCGGAGACCGCCUCUGAAACCGAAACCGAAUCUGACACGACCAGCGCCACCAGCUCUGCUGGCUCAAGUCCGUCUGUCGCUCCUGUGAACGGGAAUGGCGCAGACACCAAUCGCGUUGCAGGAGCUGGCCUCGCCCUGGUAUUGGUGUCGAUUGGCUUUUUUAUGCUAUAA